UUCAUCUGAGUAUCUCUCUGUCUCUCUGUUUUUUGGUCUGUCUGUCUGUCUGUCUGUCAAAUCUAUAUAUUUCAUACAUAUGAACUAUUACAAGCUAUAGAUACGAAAGUCUGUUAUAUAUCAAUUAGACCCACACGGGUCUCUAAAAAAUUAUCAACUUAGGUUGCAUGCAAUUGGACACUAUAUAUGUCACUAAUGUCAUUUUCUUUGCUUCGUGAGUGGUUCAUCUUCUGGAUGAGAACCUUUGGAGAGCUACAGCGAAUCUUCUUCUCCAGUAGCACUUGAGAUCUUGGUCACUGUUACCGAGGUUGAUGUUUUUACUUAGUUGAGAUAAUUGAGACAGGAAUGAUUGUGCGUGUCUCCCCCAACGACCGAAGUGUUCCAUAACUAGAGGCACGAAGUUGAGGCAUACUCCACCCGGCAGGAUCUUUGACUGGUAUUUCUCGACUUUCCUCUCUUCCCUUCUUGCCGCUGCUGCCCCGUCUUCUCGGGCUGCUCUUGACAAGAUAUCGGCACACCAUGGGUCUCCAGAUGGUUUGUGCUUACUUACAUGCAGCAAUGACAACAUUCUACGUCUCUUCAACUUGCCACAGCAUCUCACUUUCUUUCCAUUUCAACAGUUUGAUCAGACAGAAAUAUCGGCUGUGUUGCAAAUGAAGGAAGCAGACACAAUCUACGACUACUGCUGGUAUCCUGCCAUGCACUCAUCUGACCCACAAACAUGCUGUUUGGUUAGUUCUGCUAAGGAUCAGCCGAUUCACAUGUUUGAUGCAUUUUCUGGAUCAUUGAGAGGCUCGUAUUGUUCUUAUAAUCAUCUGGAUGAAGUAACGUCUGCUUACAGUCUUGCAUUCUCUCCAGACGGCAGUCAAUUGUUCAGCGGAUUUAAUCAAUUGCUGAGAAUAUUUGAUGUGACGAGACCGGGACGUUUUGCUGAGCUAAGAUCAACAAUGACUGAUCAUGGUGGAAUUAGUGGUAUUAUAUCUUGUAUUGCUUUCAGUCCGACAGAAACUGGUGUUUAUGCUCUUGGAUCUUAUAAUAAAUCAAUAGCCAUAUAUUCUCCAGAUGGUAGCGUAAUAUGCGUUCUGCAAGGCCAACGUGGUGGAGUAACUCACAUUAUGUUUUCACCUGAUGGCAACAGACUGUACACUGGAGGCAGGAAGGAUGCUGAAAUUUUGUGUUGGGAUGUUAGAGAGCCUGGGCGUGUGUUGUUUAAAGUCGUCAGAGACGUUGAGACCAAUCAAAGAAUAUACUUUGAUCUUGAUCGUUCUGGUCGAUAUCUAGUAUCUGGCCAUCACAGUGGGCUGGUUACGGUGUGGGACACUGAUGAGAUACGACAGUGCGAUGACUCUGCGGACAAUGUUGCACAAUGUGUGAAGGAGUUUUCUUCCCAUAAGGAUACAGUCAACGGAGUCAGUUUUCAUCCGUGGUUACCAAUGUUGGCGACAUCUUGUGGACAGAGACAGUUUUUACUUGAUUCGUCAGACGACAGUCUGGCUGACUUGGAUGUUAGUCAUAGGGAAGAGAAUUCAGUUUGCUUAUGGUCACUGUCUUAGUUGAUUUUUAUACUUAUACUUGUGUAUCAUACUUAUACUUGUGUAUCAUACUUAUACUUGUGUAUCAUACUUAUACUUGUGCAUCAUACUUAUACUUGUGUAUCAUAC